AUGGAGAACAAAUGGGAUGCCCACCAACAACAGGAGCCUUGCUCAGAUAACAGCCUUGUAUUUAUUUGCAAGUUUCCAGUCAGGGAAGGUUUCCAGGUCCUGGACAGCCAGGAGCCCAUUCAGAUCAAACUCCCAGCUCAAUGCCAUGUCCACCAGCUUCGUGUGCACCUGUGUAUGCAAGCAGAGGAGAACAACAAUUCUGAGCCAUUUGCGCUUCUGGAUCCAGAACGAUAUAGUCCAUCGUACCACAAGGAGGAGGAGGAGGGGUAUGAAAUUUAUGAUGACUAUCAGGUAUUACAAACUCUGGAUGCACCAUGGUUUCAGGGUACCGAUGGUCUUCAGACCGUCUGUGUCACUGUGUUGGCUCAGAAAACCACCUCUAAGGAGAGAAUUCACUUCCAGGGCAUUCUGAAUGAGCUAAUCGGCUAUGAUUUGGACUCCUCAGACACUAAUCGUUUAAGUGAGCUGCACUAUACCCGAAGAAAAUUUGCCACACCGUGAAGGGAAGAGCUAAAAAUCUGGGAUGCAGUAGCUUAUGUCACUGAACCGUGGAUAAAUUCCACAGUGCUCCCAAACGACCAUCAAGGUUACCUUCAACUGAAACUGUCAAACGUAUUUAGGUUAAUCAUUUAAAAAUGAUUACCCGUAACUGACCUGACACAUACCCCCAGUGAUCUCCUCAAGAUCUUCUGGGAAUCAUUGCCAAAGGAGGACCUGUCAUUCGAAGGAUGGUCAAUUGACUAUGUGCUCCAGGUGGAGGAGGAAUUCUUGACUGGAGACUUCCAGCCCUGCCUUGAAAACAUGCUGGAGCUUCAUCUCUCAGUGGUUGCCAUCUCAUCCCUUCCAGAAAACACAGUAAGUAGAGAGUACUGGCCACUUGUGGACAGUCUCACUGGUCUCUCAAGCUCCCACGAGGAGCUUUCCCUUAAUGAGGACAUUGUGAUGAUUUCCAUCUGGGACUCUGAGAGAAAGUUCAGGGUUAAACUCCUAUGGUUUGACAUUCCAGAACUCCCAAGUAAGGUACUGCCACUCAUCCAUGUGGAAGCCACCAUAAUCUAUGGUAGAGAGACUGUGUCAUCAGUUUUUCCCACAUGGUUGGAAUUUGCAGUCCAGGAUGUCCAUUGGUUGUUGAGUCACAUGGUAGUAAUGAUUAGGGAUAUCCCUCACGGAGCUAAAUUAGGUAAAGCCACGUCAACUAAGGACACAAAGUCAACUCCUCUAAAGUACAAGAUUCCCAGAAGGGGAAAAGGGCAAGUACUGUACUUCGUAAACCUUCAGCUGAUUGACCACAGAUCCCUUCUUAGCCAAGGUCCACACACUCUGCACAUGUGGCCUUUCCCAGAAUGGGACGAGGAGGCAUUCACUUACGACACACCACACUUACGUUCUACCACCACUAACCCUGAUGUAGCCAAAGCAAUGGCAAUUAUUGUCCUGCCACAUGGCAAGAGCUCUUCUGGUAAUGGUUUCAUUCCAUCUCCUGUUUCUGAUUCUUCUACACUGGACCUCUCAGGAGGAUCCAGACUCUCCUCACCAUCCAAUGAGGCUUCUCCAACAACACCUUUCACAAGGACAGAUUGCCUCAGAAGGUUUAAAGAAGAAAGUGUCCAUUAUGCCUCAAGAGUGUGGAUUUUGCAGACAUUAAGGUCAGAAAAUUGGCAGUUCACAGUCCAGGAUGUCCAUUGGUUGUUGAGUCACUGGGGAGUCGUGGCCCUUGAGCUUCUGAGUGUGGAUUUUGCAGACAUUAAGGUCAGAAAAUUGGCAGUUCAAAGAUUAGACAUCCUUUCCAAAUGCUCAAACGCUAAUAAGGCAUGUCAUUUUCUGUAGACCUUUAAAGUCAAACCAUAUCAAGAUAGCUGUUUGGCAAGAUUCCUUCUCAAAAGAGCACUUAGGAUGAAGCGAGUCGGACAUUUAUUUUACCAGCGUAUGGCAGUCAUACUGGAGGCCUACCCAUUUUUUCACCAGCGUAUGGCAGUCAUACUGGAGGCCUACCUUUUGGGCUGUAGAGAGACAAUGCUGAAAGUACAAGUCAUCAAUUGCCUGCACAAAGUGGCACUAACAGUGAAGGUGCUCUACACAGACAGAACGGAUCUUCCAUCAACAGCUCCUCAGAAGCUGCAGGAGUUACUGGAGGAUAGCAGUUUACCCUCUGACUUCUAGGUUUCUUUGGAUCCCCGUAUCGGAGCAGGAAGUAUUAUACUAAAAGACUGUAAAGUGAUGGCCUCUAAGAAAAAGCCACUCUGGCUUGAGUUCUCCUGCGUACAGUCAGAAGCUCCAGCCUCUCCUCCUGUCAGCAUCAUCUUUAAACAUGGAGAUGACCUCCGACAGGACAUGCUCAUCAUCCAGUCUCUCCUAAUGGUCAUGGAGUCAAUUUGGAAAGAGAGAGGUUUAGAUUUGAACCUGGUGCCCUAUGGAUGUAUUUCUAUAGGAUAUAACACAGGUAUGAUCAAGGUAAAGGAACAAGUUAGUGACUUCUUCCACAUCAACUGAAGGCACAUACGCGAUAACAACAACAACUUCCUGGGGGUGAACAGAGAAAGGGUGCCCUUUGUCCUCACCCCUGACUUCCUGUACGUGAUGGGCAGGGUGAAAGGACAUCUGUAUCAAUGGUGUCCCUAUCUGUCUCUCCGGGCUCAGUCUCACCUUCUAGUCAUGCUCUUCUCUCUAAUACUGCUCACAGGAAUCCCUGAGCUCAGCAUGUCACAGGACAUGUGCUACCUGCGAACUGCACUGCAGCAGGAUCAAGGGGAGGAAGAGGCUCGGAACCACUUCCUGCAGCAGAAAGGCUGGAGCGUCAAGGCCAACUGGUGGUUUCACAUGAUGGCGGGCAUUAAAUAG